ACACCUUCACUUCACUCCAGUCCCUGAAUCGAAUUGCCGGCGACGGUGCAGAGGAGAUGGCGCAUGCUGUAGCUUCAAUGGCUGGCUUGCAUGGCGCCUACCAGGCCGUUCUGGACGGAAGCCUUCAACUAAGCGGCUCAAGCCAGCUGAACGUAGCCGGUGGCAGCAGCCGAGUCGCCGUAAGCCGGGUGGCUUUUAGUCCAAUUAGAGCUCAGCAGGUUCCAGUGGAGCCGGAAGCCGCCUCUCAGAGCAGCCGCCGAGCUCUCCUCGGCCUCCUAGCUGCCGGUGUCACCGCCGGCUCCGUUGUCAAGUCAGUCUUGGCGGAGGCAAAGAGCAUUAGAGUCGGCCCACCUCCGCCGCCCUCCGGCGGAUUGCCUGGAACUAAGAACUCUGAUGUUCCAAGGGACCUGCUAUUGCCCUUGAAGGAUCGCUUCUUCCUGCAGCCACUCCCCCCAGCAGAAGCUGCCCAGAGGGCUAAGGACUCCGCCAAGGACAUUGUUGGUGUCAAGAGCUUCAUUGACAAGAAGGCCUGGCCUUAUGUCAAGAACGAUCUCCGCCUCAAGGCGUCGUACCUCCGCUUUGAUCUCAACACUGUUAUCAAAGCGAAGCCGAAGGGCGAGAAGCAGCCGCUGGUAGAACUCACCGAAAAGCUAUUCUCCACAAUUGAUGGUCUGGAUCAUGCAGCCAAGAUAAAGAGUUCGCCGGAAGCAGAGAAGUACUACGCUCAGACCGUCUCAGCACUAAAUGACGUUCUGGCAAAGCUGGGCUAAGCUCCAUGGAUUCUGUUCUGUAACAUCCCUGUUGUUGAGCUUGUAGAAGUCCGUGUGCUUUUAUAUAAUGGAAUUGUAUCUUUUUGAGGA